AGGAUUCAACACAAAACGGAACGUUUCACUGUUCGGAAAAUAGUCAGAAAGAGGUAGAGUUCAUGCACGAGCACGAUGUAUAUCGUUUGUAUGCGGAAAACGACGUUAUGCAAGUUUUGACGCUUCCUUAUAAAGAUCCCACUUACGCAUUGAGUAUAUUGCUCCCAAAGAAACGGUUUGCUCUCGAUGCAAUUAGAAAUAAGACCAGCGGAGCAGAAUUACGAAGACUGUUGAACCAAGCUAAGAUUAAACUAAUGAAGAUUUCAUUACCAAAAAUGAAAAUCGAAACGAAAUUUGAGCUGAAAAAAGCGCUCAUAUCGAUGGGUGUCACUGAGAUGUUCACUGACAACGCUGAUUUGAGCGGUAUCACGAAAGUUCCACUCAAAGUAUCCGAUGUUGCACACAAAGCGUUGAUAGAGGUUGGCGAAGAUGGCACCACUGCUGCUGCCGCUACAGUCAGCAACAUGUUCAGAAUCUCGGGAAUGAUUUUUUCGGAGGAUCCUAUAUCUUUCAUAGCAAACCACCCCUUCAUGUUCGUACUUACCAAAAAU